AUGGAGAAGCGACUUCCAUUCUUGCUGCCAUCCCCGUCGACCGUCGUCGUCCACACCGAUAAGAGCAAUGACAAGCUCGCCUUUGCUCGCCAAAAACGCCGGCAAGUCGCCUCCGCCUGUGCCAAUUGUCGGAGGCGCAAAGAAAAGUGCGAUGACAAGCGCCCAACGUGUGGCGCCUGUGCCCGCAGAGGUGUCACUUGCAACAAUGACAUGAAGCAGGACGAGUCGGCCGGUGCUGUGGCCUUGAGGCAUCGCAACGCCUCCCUCAAACUGGAGAAUGAGCAGUUGCGGGACCUUUUCAAGUUACUGCACAGUCUGCCCGCUGAGGAAGGCCAGGAAGUCAUUUCGAGACUCAAGGCUGCUGAUGACCCCAUUCAAGUCUUGCGCUCUGUUCAGGAGGCCAGCUUGCUGAUCAACAAUCCCAACUCAUCGUCUUGUUCCGCUCUGUUGGACUCGAGGCUGGACCGCCUGGACCUUCUUGCGCUGCGCGAGAGCGCCAUUCGGGUUGACGCAAAGCCGUGGACCGCAGUGGCCGGUGAUGGCAUAGUCUCGGAGCUCAUCUCAUCCUUUUUCAACUGGGACGACGCUCUUUACUUGCCAUUUCUUGACAGGGAGGCGUUUGUGGAAGACAUGAGGGCCCGAAAUGUUGCCGCGGCCAAGUUUUGCACCCCGUUCCUGGUCAAUGCCAUCUGUGCAGCCAGAUGUUAUACUUGUCGACGAACCAGAGCAUUUAGUGGCAUCAGCAAGAAGAAUUUAGCGGACGACUUCUUCAACGAGGCCAAGAAGCUGCUCCAUCUUGAGGGCGGCCGAGCCUCUAUCCCGACUGUUCAAGGUCUCACAUUACUUUUCUCCAUAGCUUGUUUUCGAGGCACUGAUAAACUUGGUGGUUUAUAUCGUCUCUCGGCGUAUGACAUGUUUCACCAACUCGACGUCGAUGCCAUGUAUGCGAAAAUAGCACACGAUCCCCUAGCCGCCCGUGACAGACGGGUCCUGUCCCGCCUAGCAUGGGGUCUGUUUCUGUUUGAGAGCAUCGUCGGAUACAUGUAUCUACAGCAGUCGUUGCUUCCGCCGCCUCAAAUACCGCGGUGCUUCGAGCCACCGCCCUCUGCGAGUGAUGGGCCAGUACCUAACAUCGACCUCUUUGGUAACCAACACACUAGCGAGAGCCGAUCGCCUCCAUUUGUCACCGGCGCACUAUUCCUAGCUUGUGAAAUAACCGUUAUGCUCUACGAAUCGAUGGACUGGAAUUUCAGGUCCGAAAGUAUAUGGGGUACUGAGCAGGACCUCGAUAAACGUAGAGAUAUGAUUGAAAAUGUGCGGCAAUGGAGGGCAAUGUUGCCCGAAAGCUUGCGAGAUGACACCAACUUUGUCCCACAGACAUGCUAUCUUCGGGCAUACAUGAACGAAGUUCUGUUUAGUAUUCUUCGUCCCCUUCCCCCCCAAACCGAGAUUGAACCUGGCUGGACCGUCAAAGCAUUACAACUCAGCUUAUGCCAGAUCGACAUCGACAACAUGGAGCGUUUCGUCAAAGUCUUUACCUUACGCGACUACGCGUGCAUCAAUAUCGCCGGGGCGUACAACUCCAUACUUGUCCUUGUUUACCACCUGGGCGAUGCCUGCGUGCACCAGCUGUUCGCCAAAGCCGCCUAUCUUAUCGGCGAGACGGGAGGCGACUACCCCAUGUGCCGCUACAUUCUGCAGGCUAUCAAGGCAAUCGCCUGGCAGGCGAAGACUUCGUUGCCGCAGAUGGCCAAGAAGUACUUUGAGAAUUUGGACCGCGCAGGACACACAUUUAGGGACAUCAGCUUUGCAUUGCCUGAGGAGACUGGGAAGAAGACGUCGGCGGGGGCCCCCAGCCCAGAUUCAAGGGGGAGGAUAUGGGCUCAUUGUUGUUCAAGUGGAGUGCCAUGUCUAUCGAGUAGAUCAAGUGUUCGGAGAUGA